CAAGUUCCCGCCUACAUCCUUUUUAUUUAAAAUCCUGCCUGAGCAAGCCUAGAAGUUUCUGCUUCCUGUUUGUGAAAUGUGGCCAUCCUAUAUAGCAGCAGAGACUCUGGCCUGAGACCUGACAAUGCCACUGAACCAACUUCAUGGCUGGCUGAAUGCUGUGGUCUUUGGGCUCCUGCUUAUCCUCCUCCAUGUGCAGGGUCAGGACUCACCAGAGGACAGGCCCAUCAGGAACACAAUCACAGGCCCGGUCCGAGGCAGCCUCAUCCAAGUGAGUGACACAAAAGUUGGUGUCCACACCUUCCUGGGAAUUCCCUUUGCCAAGCCACCUGUAGGACCACUGCGCUUUGCACCCCCUGAAGCCCCUGAGCCAUGGAGUGGUGUGAGAGAUGGAAGCUCAUAUCCAGCCAUGUGUCUGCAAAACAUUGAAAAGAUGAAUGUAGAAGGUCUGGAGGAUAGGAAACUGACCCUGCCUCCUAUAUCUAUGUCUGAGGACUGCCUGCACCUCAACAUCUAUGCACCAGCUCAUGCCCAUGAGGGCUCUAACCUGCCUGUGAUGGUGUGGAUCCAUGGAGGUGGUCUGGUUGUAGGAAUGGCUUCUAUGUAUGAUGGAUCCAUGCUAGCAGCCAUUGAGGAUGUGGUAGUGGUCACUAUCCAGUACCGUCUGGGUGUCCUGGGCUUCUUCAGCACUGGAGAUCAACAUGCCAGAGGCAACUGGGGCUACCUCGACCAAGUGGCUGCCCUGCACUGGGUCCAACAGAAUAUCGCCCACUUUGGAGGCAAUCCUGACAAGGUCACCAUUUUUGGGGAGUCUGCAGGUGGCACAAGUGUGUCUUCACUUGUUGUGUCCCCCAUGUCCAAAGGACUCUUCCACAGAGCCAUCAUGGAGAGUGGGGUUGUCCUGCUACCUGGCCUUACUGAUACCCAUGAGAAGGUCUACACUACGGUGGCUAACAUAUCUGGAUGUGAGACCAUGGACUCAGAGGCCCUGGUGCACUGUCUGAGAGGCAAGAGUGAAGCAGAGAUUCUGGUUAUUAACAAUGUCUUCAUGAUGAUCCCUUCUGUGGUAGAUGGUGUAUUCCUACCCAGGCAUCCGCAGGAAUUGUUGGCUUCUGUGGAUUUUCACCCUGUCCCUAGCAUAAUCGGCAUCAACAACGAUGAAUAUAGUUGGAUUAUCCCCAUGGUCAUGGGCUCUGCUCAGACAAUAAAGGGAAUAACGAGAGAGAACCUGAAGGCUGUUGUGAAGAAUACAGCAGCACAAAUGAUGCUGCCUCCUGAGUGCAGUGACCUGCUAAUGGAAGAGUAUAUGGGGGACACUGAGGACCCCCAGAGCCUCCAAAUACAGUUCACAGAGAUGAUGGGAGACUUCAUGUUUGUGAUCCCUGCUCUCCAAGUAGCACAUUUUCAGAGUUCCCACGCCCCUGUCUACUUCUAUGAGUUCCAACACCAACCCUCCUUUGUAAAGGAUGUCAGGCCACCGCAUGUGAAAGCUGACCAUGCUGAUGAGGUUCCUUUUGUUUUUGGGUACAUCUUGUUUGGCAUGAAACUUGAACUCACUGAGGAGGAGAAACUACUGAACAAGAGAAUGAUGAAGUACUGGGCCAACUUUGCAAGACAUGGGAACCCCAACAGCGAGGGUCUACCCUACUGGCCCAUGUUGGACCAUGAUGAGCAGUACCUGAAGCUGGAUACUCAACCUGCUGUGGGACAAGCCCUGAAGGCCAGAAGGCUGCAGUUCUGGACCAAGACUCUACCCCAGAAGAUCCAGGAGCUAAAGAGUUCACAGAACAUACACAAAGAGCUGUAGCAACCUGUGUUUAGAAUGGCAUGUUGGGUUGCCUGCUGGUGGGGUCAGCUUGGGGUUCCCAAAACAUAUUGAGGUACCUGGGUUGAUUCUAACAUUCGCAUAACCUCUGAACUUGUAUGUUCUUCUAUGUUUAUCACAAAUCCUCUGCAUGUGACUCUUUAUCCUGCUGAGUCAUCUUUAGUCAGACCCACUCAAUAAGUGCUCAAAUAACAGUGUGCAUUUGUGAGCCCUAAAGUACCCAUCUCCUUUCACAUUCCACUAGUACUAGGUCCCUUUCUUCCUCCCUUAACUUCUAAUCCUUAUGUCAUCUUCUCUAAAACCAAAACUGUCUUUGUAAUAAAGAAGAAAUUUGAUGAA